UAAAACAUUACCACAUUGUCAUCCUACAAAUGUCAUUAGGUAGCCAUAUUUUUUUUUAUUCACCCAGUUCUCGGUGAAGCUGCUGAGAAUUAACCAGCAAAAAUGUUGUCAAGAUUAGCACUGCAAAAAGCAUUGGCAACACGUUUGCCCGCACUAACACGUGUCCAAGCAUCGUCGUCGGCGAUUGAACCUCAAAGACGUACUCGUCCCCUUCACCCGGACCCAGUUCGUCAUGGAUUUAUUCCAGAGGAAUGGUUCCAAUUUUUCUACAAUAAAACUGGAUACACUGGUCCGUACAUGUUCGCCUUGGGACUGUCAACAUACCUGGUAUCCAAAGAAUUUUAUGUGAUGGAGCACGAGUACUACACCGGUAUCGCGUGUCUAGUGAUGAGUAUUGUCGUGGUAAAGAACGCUGGUCCUCAUAUGGCCAAAUACUUGGACGCUGAGAUGGACAAGGAUGAAGAAGCGGCCAAGAGGACCCGUACUGACACCGUUGAUGCCUACGAGCAGGCCAUUGAGCACGAGAAGAAAGAGCAAUGGAGGUCUGAAGCUCAGCAGAUGAUCAUGGAUGCCAAGAAAGAGAAUAUUAAAAUGCAGAUUGAAGCUUCUUACCGGGAGCGCGCAUUCACUGUUUACAAUGAGGUGAAAAAACGAUUGGACUACCAAUUGCAAAUUGCAAAUGUCGAGCGCAGAAUUGCCCAGAAACACAUGACUCAAUGGAUAAUCAACAACGUGGUGAAGUCAAUCACACCAGAUCAAGAAAAAGCAGCUCUUCAACAGUGUAUCAGCGAAUUACAAUCCCUCGCUCCGCGAUCAUAAGCACUCAUGUAAAUUGUUUAAAAUUGUAAUCCAAUUGCUAAGUAACAAGUUGGUCUCUUGAAUAAUAGAUGAAAAAAGCUGAUUAAAAAUAUAAAUAUAGAAUUAUUAAUUAAUUA